CAGCGCCAAAGAUGUAAGUUCAGGGACGCCACUUGCCGGCGGUGUGAAAGGAAGGGGCACCUGGCUCAAGUCUGCCGAGCACCCCAACCUUCCCGCCGAAAAUUCAAAUCGGCCAAUCAGAGCGGCUCUGAGUCAGAGAUGCAAACCCCACAUUCCCGCCGAAAUUUCAAACCAGCCAAUCAGAGCGCGAGAUCGGCGAGGCGACCCGCGAUUGGCCAGGAAAGAAAGAGCGCGAAGUCAAACCGAAUGACUGUUACCAUAGACCACGCAGCUACCCGCAUCGAAGAAAAGAUCUUCACAAACCCGACAAUUGAAGGCGUACCGUGCCGACUGGAAGUAGACACAGGAUCAGCUAUCACAAUCAUGUCCUGGGACACUUUUGUGAAAGCCUUGCCGCACAUCGCAAAGCGCAAGCUACAGAAACAACGGCUCCGGGUGCAGGAUUACCAGGGCAACCGCAUCCCUGUUCGUGGGACAACGACCGUCGAGGUCAAGUACGGGACAUACGAAAAGACCCUGCCCAUCACGUUAGUCGAGGGAACCUUGCCAAGUUUGCUGGGGCUAGACUGGUUCCGGGCGUUGGGAAUGGGGGUGACUGGCGUCCACCGGAGCGGAUGCAACCUGCAAAACGCCCUACUGGAGGAAUUCGCAGACGUAUUCGAGGACCGUUUAGCUGACCGGCGCCAAGAACAAACAGAAAGCGUAAGCAAAGAACCAAACAGAGACUUAUCUGAGUCAGGCGAGGUCCAGCGACACCCUCCGGUCCCUCUAGAGGACAGCAGGUCCGAGCCGGCGAAUAAUCCAGGGCCGGAUGGCCGGGAGGAGGAGCUCAGAGGAACGAAAAGUCCCUCCGGCAAGCUCGACUCAACUCCAGAAAGUGAACUGCGCAGGUCCGGGAGAGUCAGGAGACGCCCCACGUACCUGCAGGACUACGUAGAGAAGUAAUAUGCAAAUAUUGGCAAAGUGCCUUCUGGGAGGGAAGGAGUGUAAUGUAUUACUGUAAGUUUUGGCGGGACUUUUAGGCGGGAAAUAUCUCGUUUCUGAUUGGAUGCAGCCUCAGGCUGAAGUGUAUAUAAGGAGAGGUUUUUCUCCAGAGUUUUGCUGGGUCACACUAUAUUAAAGAGCUGUUGUCACUAACCUGGUCUCCUGCCUCGUCAAU